ACACACACUCACUCAGCUCCAAACAGCACAACAUGGACCUACAACUCCUCUUCAUCAUCUUCUUCUUAUUCUCCAAUAUCCCAUUAUCCAAAUCUCAUCCUUUAGACCCUCUCACUCCCUCAGAGUUAACCAUCAUCCAACAAACCAUCAAAACCUCCAACCUCUUCUUAUCAUCAGCUCCUCUAACUUUCCAUUACAUCGGCCUCGCCGAUAUCGACAAGCAUGUUCUCCUCUCAUGGCUAUCCAACACCUCCAACUCCCCACCACCUCGCCGGGCCUUCAUCAUUGCAAGGUCCGGCCACCAAACUCAUGAACUCCACCUUGACAUAUCCACCAAGUCCAUCAUCUCCAACACAAUCCAUACUGGCUCCUCCUUCCCUUUGCUCAGCCUUGAAGAACAAACAGCAGCCUCAAACCUCCCUUUCAACUACACUCCAUUCAUGAACUCUAUCAAGAAGAGAGGUUUGAAGUCUAGUGAUGUUGUUUGUGCUGCUUUCACAGUUGGAUGGUUUGGUGAAGUGAAGAAGAGCAAGAGGUUGGUGAAGAUCUUGUGUUUUGCCACUGGUGAUACUGUCAACCUUUAUGCAAGGCCUCUUGAAGGAAUCACCAUUGUUGUAGACCUUGAUUUAAUGAAGAUUCUGGAUUAUACUGACCGGUUUGUUGUUCCGGUGCCGGUGGCCGGAGGAACGGAUUACCGCAGCAAGAAGCAGAAGCCGCCGUUUGGGCCGAGAGGGAAGCCGGUGACUGUGGUGCAACCGGAAGGGAAGGGCUUCUCCAUUGAUGGCCAUUCUAUUAGUUGGGCAAAUUGGAAAUUCCACCUCAGUUAUGAUGUUCGGGCAGGUGCAGUUAUAUCUCUAGCCUCAGUUCAAGAAAAUGAUGAAGAAUUACAUCGAUUGGUACUCUACAAAGGAUUUAUAUCAGAACUAUUCGUGCCUUAUCAAGAUCCUGUGAAAGAAUGGUAUUUUAGAACAUUUUUUGAUGUAGGAGAAUAUGGUUUAGGUCUUUUUGCUGCAUCUCUCCAACCACUGACUGAUUGUCCGGUUAAUGCUAAGUUUUUGGACGGGUAUUAUGCUACUCAAGAUGGGCCUCCAAUGAGAAUCAAAAAUGUAUUUUGUGUGUUUGAGAGAUAUUCAGGUGACUCUGCUUGGAGACAUACUGAGUUUGGAAUACCAGGAAAAGUGAUUACUGAAGUACGUCCAGAGAUAAGUUUAAUUGUGAGGAUGGUUUCGGCCGUGGGGAAUUAUGAUUAUGUCAUUGAUUGGGAGUUCAAGACAAGUGGCUCUAUUAAAUUUAUGGUCACAUUGACUGGUGUCUUGGAAAUGAAGGGCACAUCAUACACCCAUGUAAAACAAGUAGAGAAAGAUAUAGACUUAUGUGGUUCAUUGUUGGCUAAGAACACAAUUGGUGUUAACCAUGACCAUUUCAUAACUUACUAUUUGGACCUUGAUAUUGAUGGCUACAACAACUCAUUUGUCAAAGCCAAAAUGAAAACUAUCAAAGUCACAGAUGGUAGCAAUCCAAGAAAAAGCUAUUGGACACUCGUUAAAAAAAUUGCGGAAACGGAAAUGGAUGCGAGAAUUAAGUUCGAAGCCGAACCGGCGGAAUAUUUAGUUGUGAAUACUAACAAAAAAACCAAGAUAGGGAAUGAUGUUGGUUAUCGAUUUAUCAAUCAUGGUGCAACAGCUAUUUCUUUAUUAUCAGAUGAUGAUUAUCCUCAAAUAAGAGCGGGUUAUACUAAGAAACAAUUGUGGGUGACUGCCUAUAAUGUGUCUGAAAAAUGGGCAGCCGGAUUGUAUGCAGAUGAAAGUAGAGGUGAUGACACUAUAAAUAUUUGGAGUCAAAGGAAUAGAGUGAUAAAAAAUAAGGAUAUUGUGGCGUGGUACACGGUAGGGUUCCAUCAUGCACCUUAUCAGGAAGAUUUCCCUUUGAUGCCAAGUUUGAGUGGUGGAUUUGAACUUAGGCCUUCCAACUUCUUUGAGAAUAAUCCAUUGAUCAAGACUAUACCUUUCAACGAAACACAUUGGCCCAAGAGUACAGAUAAGCCCUAGAAACAUCAUCAACAUUGUUUUGUUUCUCUUAUUUCAAUGAUAUCAGACAUGAAUUUAGGAUUUUGUUUCUAAGUCUUUGAAGUGAAACCAUCACAUUAUGAUUUUAUU